AUGCCAACUCACAAGUGGAAUCGUGCCACCACAUCACGCCUCCAACAGUAUGUCCUAUCUCUUCUGACGGCAACCCUUCUCGCUGCCAUUCUCCCAGCUGCCAGUGGUGCGCCGGCCGUCUUACUUGAACGCAUCGUUGCUACCAGGUCUUCGGGUGCAUGCCCCGAAGAUGCCGCUAUCAUCUACAGCCUGGCCAGCUACCUCGUCAGCAACUAUGCUAUCCAUGUCGGCACCGUCUUCCUUGGUGCAGACACCGGACAGGAUACAGAAUGGGUGACACGUCGUGACGCAUGGGUCUAUAGUCUGUGGCUGGCGGCGAUUUCACUCUUCCUGCCUUAUUUUUCGCUCGCCAGGACGCUCAUCCUCAUUGUGCAGAAGUCGAGAUGUGGCAGCAAUGGCCUUCUCGCGGCACUUUACCACGGCGCACUCCUCGUCGUCGUCAGAGACCCGCAGUGGGAGCCUGCUGCAGAUGAGCCUAGCGUCGUUUACACUCGGCUACCUCAAGGUUUUACAUUGGACGACACAAGGGUGACGACACAGACGGCCACCAUCGUGCUUGAUGCACACGAAACGCACGCUUACCGGCCAGUGGACCACGAUGAGCAUUAUCUGCACGGUAUGGCACGCCCCACGGUUGGUUAUAGGCUCGCGGUACCGCAGCGCAAGAGCUACACCCAGAUCUUGAUCCGCGAUCAUCUCGAGGACACGACAGAACUACGCGUGCAUCAUCGCACGGGUACCGUCGGCGCAACGCUGUCGAUCAUCCAGAUCGUUGCUGGAUCCUACAGCCUAUACAUCUCGUGGUUGAGCCAGGUUCCCACCUGGGGAUACGCAUCAUACGGCCUAACCGUACUCCCGUAUGUUGUCAUGUCCAUCAUCAACCUCGUUUGCGCAAUCUGUGUCGACAGCUAUGCAUGCGCUCAGCUUCUCCGGACGCCCAUUUUGGAGGAGUCUCUCCUGCGACGGGAGUGCACCGAAUCUCAGCCUUCGGCUUACGAUGGGACCAUUGGUACGGUGCGAGAAGAAAGCCGUCCCGCCGCCGCCGACGUCGAAUCCCCCUACGUUGCAGUUGGGAUGCACGUAGAAACUCGGGACGAUGUUGAUGGACAACCACAGAAAUACAUCGUCGUGACUCCUGCCAGUGGGCAAGAUCGGUACGACGAGCCUCCUAGGAGGAAAGAGUACCGUCUCAUCCGAGAGAAGAAGAUAGAGAGUUUUAACAGGUUCAGCCACGUGCCUGUGCUCAGCGAACUACUGGUCGGACCAAUGGAGCCUUCUCUACGCCGGGGCUGGAUGUUGUAUUAUGCGAUCCGUUGGAUAUACGCCUUUCAGGCAGCUGCCAUAGCCUUGCCUACCGCGGUGAUUGGCGCUUUGACCGGCUUUCAUCCUCAGCAAAGCACCAAGACCCAAAGGGCAUGGAUCAUAGCGUGGAUGGUGGCUGACGUUUUGGCGUCCUUAUUCACCUCGAUCUACUGGACCGUAUGGAUUCGCUGGAACCCGGUCGAGGUGUUAAGUCGGGGCAAACCGUUCGCGUGGUCAACUAUGCGCUACUCGGCCUAUAUCAAUAUGGUGGUGGCGGGGAUAGGCGGCUUUGUGAUGGUAGUGAAGAUGUUUCUACAGGACCAUGACUAUGGGCAUCAGACAUGUUCCCUGUAG